GUGAGCGCGCGCGGCAGCUGCGGAGGUUGUCAGUGCGGCGGUGUGAAGCUGGAGUUAGCUUCUUAGCUAAAUGAUAACGACGCGGAAAAAACACACAGUAGUGGCGGUUUAAUUAUUAAAACAACAAUAUCGGGAGGAAACCAGGUUGGGUCCAUGUUUGGUGUCGGAGAGGAUAUUGAGAGUUUUAUUUUUCCUCCCCACAGAAAGAGGCCAAGCGCGCACCCGAGAGAGAGAGAGAGAGAGAGAGAGGGAGGCGGAUGGGAUUCCCGGUUAGCUAAUAGAUGGAGACAGUGAAGCGGCGGCUCGGUGUUGUUUUCAUCGCUGUGAAUUAUUAAAAUAAUCGUCAACCCUCGCAGACAGACAGCCGCGGAGGAGCAGCGAUGCAUCUCCACCAGGUGCUGACGGGAGCCGUGAACCCGGGAGACUGCUGCUAUUCGGUGGGGAGUGUGAAUGAUGUCCCGUUCACGGCGUACGGUUCGGGGUGUGAUAUCGUGAUCUUGGCCAGUGAUUUUGAAUGUGUGCAGAUUAUCCCUGGAGCUCAGCAUGGGAACAUCCAGGUGGGGUGUGUGGAGUGUUCACACCAGCUGGGACGGAUCGCCGCAUCGUAUGGAAACACAGUGUGCAUUUUCGAACCAAGCUCCACCAACCUGAACAAGAGACACAAGCAACUGAACUACCAGUGGCAGAAGACUGGACAAUUUCUCCUCAAUGCCAUGACCUACAACCUGGCCUGGGACCCCCAAGGUAACCGUAUCCUGGCGGCAACGGAGUGGCUGCAACUUUGGGCUCCGCCCACCACAGACACACUACAGGAAGAAGAUGAAGAAGAAAAAUCACACCCCAUCCUCAACGACUGGAAGUGUGUGUGGCAGUGCAAGACUGCUUCUGCUGUGCGUAUAAUUAAAUGGUCUCCUGACGGGGAAUACUUCGCCACUGUGGGAAAGGAUGACUGCCUGUUGAAGGUGUGGUACUCCACCCUGGGAUGGAGGUCCGUGAUGGUGGAUGUGUGUGAGAGGAAGUCCGGCUCGCUCCACUUCUCCUUCAUCUAUCUGGCUCAUCCCAGAACUGUCACCGGGUUCUCCUGGAGGAAGACCAGCAAAUACAUGGCCAAGGGUUUGGUGUGUAACGUGUUGCUGACGUCGUGUGUGGACGGAAUCUGUCGGCUGUGGAGCGAGACGCUGCUGCCGGAGGACAGUUUACUGGGAGGACAGAUCACAGAGAACAACAGCUCCACAUCAUCACUACAGCACAGUGGGCAGAAAGAUAAAAUACAACACGCACUGGAGUCGAUACACCACCUGAAGCAGCUCAGACGGGGUCGGAGGAGAUCAUCAGCUCUGGUCACACACACUGAGCUGUUGCCCAGCCAGCUGAACUCACACGACACACACCGGCACAUCACACACCACGGCAACGCACUGUGUCACUUCCACAUCUCAGCCAGCAUUAACCCCAAUACAGAUAUCCCAGCAGCUCUGGUCGGGUCCGGUCUCUUCUCCUCAGGAGACAGUAAUGGAGGUUUCGUGGUUCACUGGCUGAAUAAUAAGGACCUGAGCUUCACCUCCUCCAUGGACGUGUUCAUGCAGCUCCUGAGGAAGUUCUCUGAGCAGAACCUCGAACACACCACUGACGACAUCAAACAGGACGGAACUGCAAAGUUUGACUUCGAUCUGGAUGAGAUGUCCGAUAAAGCAUCAGAGCAUGAUGACGGAGAGCAGGAGGGCAGUACGAAGGCGUCGUCCCCCGGCUCCAGCAGCAGUCUCCCUCCUCCCUCCGUCCUCCUGGAGCGCAAGAUGGAGUCCCUCACUCUGGAGUGGAACCGCAGCCCUGACAUGCUCUUCACCAUCCACCCGGUCGACGGAUCCUUCCUCGUCUGGCACAUCAAGUACCUGGACGAGUACAUCCCCGGAAUCUUCCGCCAGGUCCAGGUUGCGUUCUCCUCACGGAUUCCUGUGGCGUUUCCCACUGGCGAUGCUAACUCUCUGAGUAAGAACAUCAUGAUGUACGCCUGCACUUUCCCAGAGCGGGACAGCGAGGUCUCUGUGGAGCAGGACAGGAAGUGCGGGUCUCUUGGCACCGUGAUCGGCCCGGCCGUCAUGAUGGUGUCCAAGCACGUGGACGGCUCUCUCAACCAAUGGGCCGUGACGUUCGCUGAGAAGUCUGCUUUCUCCAACGUGCUCACGGUUUCGCACAAGUUCCGUUACUGCGGCCACCGUUUCCAUCUCAACGACCUCGCGUGCCACACUGUCCUGCCCCUCCUGUUAACCUCAUCACAUCACAACGCCGUUUUGACUCCGCCCCCUGGACAGGACGUCCAACAGGGCGCCCCGUCCCGCCCCCCGCGUCCAUCCAGAGGUCUCACUCCGAAAGAGAUGAGCGGCAACGUGGCGACUCGGACCUUCCAUGACCCGAACGCCAUUUACAGCGAGCUGAUACUGUGGCGCGUCGACCACAUCGGGCCGCUGUCCUGCACGGGGGGCGUGUCCGAAAUUGCACGCAUCAACUCCCUGCACACUGCUGCCUUCUCUAACGUCGCCUGGCUGCCCACACUUAUCCCCAGCUCUGUACUCGGAACGUACUGUAAUUCUGCAAGUGCAUGUUUUGUGGCAUCGGAUGGGAAGAACCUGCGUCUCUAUCAAGCUGUCGUGGAUGCCAGGAAACUGCUGGACGAACUGUCUGACCCUGAGACCUCGAAAUUAGUGGGUGAGGUCUUCAACAUCGUGAGUCAGCAGUCCACCGCUCGGCCAGGCUGCAUCAUCGAACUGGACAUAAUCACUAACCAGUGUGGCUCGAACACGCAGCUCCUCCACGUAUUCCAGGAGGAUUUUAUCUUGGGAUAUAAACCUCAUGAUGACAUCAGCGAUAUAAACACUGCUGACUUCCCUUCAGCUGAUGAGUUUCUCCCACCUCCGUUUUCUGAGAAGUUUUUCUUGGUCGUGAUCGAGAAAGACGAGAACAGAAACUCUGUGCUGCAGAUGUGGCAUCUUCAUCUGAAAUCUGUUCACGCGUGUGUGGAUGACACGCCACAGGAUCAGCCCUACCAGAAUCAGCUGACGGUUCCACAAAUGCUCACUAACGCCGACUCGUCUCCUGAGUCGACACCGGGUCAGAGCCCUCUUCCUCGCUCGUCUUCCUCAGCUAACCUGCAGUCUGCCAGCCGACUGAUCCUCAGUUCAACCCUCGUCUACAGCCACAGACUGGAGCUCCCCCUGGGGGUGGAGGUGAUCCGCGCAACACCGUCUGCAGGUCACUUGAGCUCCUCCUCGAUUUACCCAGUGUGUUUGGCUCCGUAUCUGAUCGUGACGGCAUGUUCAGAUGGACGAGUUAGAUUUUGGAGAUGCUCGGUGGAUUCAGAAGAUUAUCCCUCGUAUCGCUGGGAGCCGUGGUGCCUCCUGAAUGAGGAAGAGGACAACAACAGCUCCCUGACUGUUUCGGGUCGCCCGGUUGCCGUCAGCUGCUCUUACACUGGCCGCCUCGCCAUCGCAUUCAAGCAGUUAGUCUCUACUGAGCACACUUUGAGCUCUAAAGACUUCUCCAUGCACGUCUCCAUCUUUGAGUGCGAAUCCACAGGUGGGUCCGAGUGGGUUCUGGAGCAGACGAUCCAUCUGGAUGACUUUGGGAAACCGGUCAGUGCUUUGGACCCCAGAAUCAGUGUGGACAGCAACUUGGUGGUUUAUAGCAAGUCUGAUCUGUUUGUUAGAAAACAGAACCCUAAUAUUAAACACUUUGUGCACCUGGAUUGGCUCUCAAAAGAAGACGGAUCACACAUCCUCACCGUCGGAGUCGGAUCCAGCAUUCUGAUGUACGGACGGAUCUCGGGCAUAGUCACUGAACAAACGGGAGGGAAAGAUGGCAUGGCCGUCGUCACCCUGCCACUAGGAGGCAGCGUUAAGCAGGGCGUCCGCUCCCGCUGGGUUCUGCUGCGCUCUGUCGAUCUGGUUUCCUCUGUGGACGGGACUCCAUCUCUUCCCGUUGCUCUGUCUUGGGUCCGAGACGGAAUCCUGGUGAUUGGGAUGGACUGUGAGAUGCACGUCUACGCUCAGUGGUACCAGGAUAAGAAGCCCAGCGACUCUGAGGACAACGAUGAAGCAGCCAUGGUGAAAAAAAGCGCAAUUGAGAUGACCGACGACGUGAUCCGAGUUCCUGCCGUAAUCCAAGACGGGGGACUUUUUGAAGCGGCACAUUCUCUGUCCCCUACUCUGCCUCAGUACCACCCCACCCAGCUGUUAGAGCUGAUGGAUUUGGGGAAGGUGAGACGUGCGAAGGCCAUCCUGUCUCACCUGGUCAAGUGCAUUGCCGGUGAGGUCGCCGUGGUUCGAGAUGCUGUGGCAGGAGAGGGCGGAGCCAGACGACACCUGUCUCGUACCAUCAGCGUCACAGGAAGCACCGCCAAGGACACGAUCGUCGCCGGGAGAGACGGUGGGCGCGAUUACACGGAAAUCAACUCCAUCCCUCCUCUCCCGCUUUACGCUUUGCUCUCGGCCGACCUCGACACGUCCUACAGAAACAAAUUAGCCGACGACAUCAAGUCUCAGGAGCGGGAGACGCAGAAAUCCUCAGAGGAUCAGUACGCCGAGCUGUUCCAGGACGCCGCCGUAAACACUGAUGACUUUGCCAGCUUCGCGUGGCCGGACAAGGCGGAGAAGAAGGAGAAGAAGACGCGUGUGAUUGACCUGUCGCAUUACGGCCCUACCUGUUUCGGGCCCGAACACGCUCAGGUGCUCUCCUCUCACCUGAUGCACUCCAGCCUGCCUGGACUCACCCGCCUGGAGCAGAUGUUCCUGGUUGCGCUCGCGGAUACCGUGGCAACCACCAGUGCCGAGAUGGGCGGAGCCACUGAUAAACAGUACAGAGGUGGUGAGGCUCUGGAUGAGUGCGGUCUCCGGUACCUGUUGGCAAUGCGUUUACACACCUGUCUGCUUACAUCACUUCCUCCUCUGUACCGCAUGCAGCUGCUGCACCAAGGCGUGUCUACAUGUCACUUUGCGUGGGCGUUCCACUCCGAGGCUGAGGAGGAGAUGUUGAACAUGAUCCCGGCCAUGCAGAGAGGAGACCUGCAGUGGUCCGAGCUUCGAGCUGUGGGUGUUGGCUGGUGGAUCCGAAACAUCAACACACUGAGACGCAUGGUGGAGAAGGUGGCCAAAGCAGCGUUUCAGAGGAAUAACGAUCCCCUCGAUGCAGCGCUCUUCUACUUAGCCAUGAAGAAGAAAGCUGUGCUCUGGGGCCUGUUCAGGUCUCAGCAUGAUGAGAAGAUGACGCAGUUUUUCAGCCAUAACUUCAGUGAGGAUCGGUGGAGGAAGGCGGCGCUGAAGAAUGCUUUCUCUCUGCUGGGGAAACAGCGGUUUGAGCAGUCAGCGGCCUUCUUCCUGCUCGCCGGAUCACUCAAAGAUGCCAUCGAGGUGUGUUUGGAGAAGAUGGAGGACAUUCAGCUGGCCAUGAUCGUCGCUCGGCUGUACGAAGCAGACUUCGAGAGCUCAUCCACUUGUCAGGGAAUCCUGUAUGAAAAGGUUCUGGGCUGCAAACGGGACGGAACCGAGUUCUCCUGCAGUAAAAUGCACCCGGACCCGUUCCUCAGGAGCAUCGCUUUCUGGAUCAUGAAAGAUUACACCCGAGCGCUGGACACACUGCUGGAACAGACGCCCAAAGAGGACGACGAGAAUCCAGAUGUGAUGGUGAAGUCCUGCAACCCGGUGGUGUUCAGUUUCUACAACUACUUGCGCACACACCCUCUGAUCAUACGCAGACACUUUGCGUCUCCGAACGGCUCCGAGCGCAACAGCACCACCGAUCAGAUCAACCUGAUCGAGCGCAAACUCUUCUUCACCACCGCUAACGCUCACUUCAAAGUGGGCUGCCCUGUCCUAGCGCUCGAGGUGCUGUCCAAAAUUCCCAAAGUGACCAAGAAGAACUCCUCGCUCAGCAAGGGAGCUUCCACGGCUAACGUCCAGAACGGUGUCCGGGCCUCUGAUCUGGACUGGAGUCAGCCGGUGACGAAGAACGAUGACGAUGAGCUGAAGCUGGACUGGGGUGACGAUAGCGAUGAGGAGGAAGAGGAGGAUAAAAAGGGGCUGACGAUGAAGGAGGAAAAGAAGGAAGAGGAGGUGGAGCAGAAAGAGAGUGAUUGGAAGGUGGAUGUGAUCGCUGAGCAGCUGAAGUUCCGAGCAUGUCUGAAGAUCCUGAUGACGGAACUGCGCACGCUCGCCACCGGAUACGAGGUGGACGGAGGAAAGCUGCGCUUCCAGCUCUACAACUGGCUGGAGAAGGAGAUCGAGGCCAUGCACCAGAUCUGCAACUACAAGGUGGAAGGCCAGGAUUCAGCGGGAGAGCUGGAGAAAUGGAGCGGCAGUGUGUCGGUUGAAGGGGACGAGUGUGAGCAGAGUAGUGAGACGGAUGUGUACGAGCGCCAUCUGCAGGACCGGCGCAGACUGCAGGCCAAACAGCUGCACGCUGAGAGACGUAAAGCCUGGCUGAGGAAGAACGAGGCGCUGCUCAGAGUCUUCCUCACCUACUGCAGCCUUCAUGGAGCCAAAGGGGGCGGAGUCACAUCUGUACGCAUGGAGCUGCUGUUCCUGCUGCAGGAGUCGCAACAGGAGACAACAGUGAAGCAGCUGCAGUCCCCGUUGCCAUUGGCAACAACAUUGCCGCUUCUCUCAGCUAGCAUCGCUCCGACUAAAACGGUCAUCGCUAAUCCUGUCAUGCACCUGAACAACCACAUCCAGGACAUCCUGUACACUAUAGUACAGACAGAGGCUCCGCCCCAUCCUGAUACACCUGAUAACCGAGUGAACGCACUGCACACUUUGGCUGCUUCUCUGUCUGCUUGCAUUUACCAAGCACUGUGUGACAGCCACAGCUACAGCAGUCAGUCAGAAGCGAACCAGUUCACAGGCAUGGUGUACCAGGGUCUGCUGCUCAGCGAUAGGCGGAGACUCAGGACGGAGAGCAUAGAAGAACAGGCCACGCCCACCUCUGCCCCUGCACAUUGGCCAGGUGUGGUGUCUCUGAUUAGCCUGUUAGCGUGCUCUCAGGGUGAGGAUCAGCCGAAGCUGAACGUGAUGCUGUGUGAGGCCGUGGUGGCCGUGUAUCUGAGCCUGCUGCUGCACGGCCUCGGCACGCACUCCGCCAACGAGCUGUUCCGCCUCGCCGCCCACCCGCUCAACCCACGCAUGUGGGCUGCCGUCUUUGGGGGCGGAGCCAAGAUCAUCGUCAAGCCAAAGCGAGCAGCUGAGCUCACACCAGUAGCCCCGCCCCCAACACCUCCUGCUGAAGAAGUGGACCGCCAGCGCAGGCGGUUUAACAUGCGUAUGCUGGUUCCGGGUCGGCCCGUUAAAGAGACACAGGCCACGCCUCCUCCGAUCCCCACAGAACGCCCCGCCUACAAGGAGAAGUUCAUCCCCCCGGAGCUCAGCAUGUGGGAUUAUUUUGUGGCAAAACCCUUCCUCCCUCUGUCAGACAGUGGAGCUCUGUACGACUCUGAUGAGAGCGGUGAUGAAGAUGAAGAUGAUGAUGAGGAUGCUUUCCUGUCUGAUACUCAGAUGACUGAGCACAGCGACCCGAACUCAUACAGUUGGUGUCUGAUCCGCUUGGUGAUGGUUAAACUCGCUCUGCACAAUGUGAAGAACUUCCUCCCCAUUGCAGGACUUGACUUUACAGACCUGCCCGUGUCGUCUCCGCUCUGUAACUCUGUAGUGAAGUGUAUGGAGAACUGGGAGCAGCAGCUUCAGGACAGGAUGAACAGAUUUGAUGGUCCUCCACCCAACUACAUAAACACCUUCCCUACAGACGUCAGUGUGGGUGGCGGCCCCGCCGCGCUGCGCCACAAAGCCAUGCUGGAGCCUGACAACACGCCCUUCAAAGCAAGGCACCACCUCUCCUUCCCUGCUCGCCGUCUUUGGCACUUCCUGGUGAAACAGGAAGUCCUCCAGGAGACUUUGAUUCGGUACAUCUUCACCAAGAAGAGAAAGCAGAGUGAGUGUUUAGAGAACCAUGUGGACUGUCUCACACACAACUGUGUAGCAGGAGCUCACAAAAUCAACAAGGUGGAGGCAGAUCUUGGUUAUCCUGGAGGCAAAGCUAAAAUUAUCCACAAGGAAUCUGACAUCAUCAUGGCUUUUGCAAUCAAUAAGGCUAAACCCAGUGAGAUCGUCCUGGCCUCCACUCAUGAUGUUCAGGAAGUGGACGUGUCCACUCUGCUGGCUGCGCAGUCAUACACCUGGAUCGGAGAAGACUUUGACAAGGAGUCACGCAGCUCUGACGAUGACUAUCGCUCCUCCCACACUAACAUUGCACAGGCAAGCUCCGCCCCCUUUGCUCCUCCACCAAUGCCAGUCUCCGCCUCUAUGCCAUGGCUUGGCAGCGGACAAACUAGCAUGGGUGCUAGCGUGAUUGUGAAGAGGAACUUGAACAAUGUGAAGAGAAUGACCUCACAUCCCAUUUACCAAUACUAUAUGACAGGAGCUCAGGAUGGCAGUGUGAGGAUGUUUGAAUGGAACCGCCCACAGCAACUCAUCUGCUUCCGACAGGCAGGAAACGCCCGAGUCACACGACUCUACUUCAACUCACAGGGCAAUAAGUGUGGAGUGGCAGAUGGUGAGGGGUUUUUAAGCCUGUGGCAGGUCAAUCAAACUUCAUCAAACCCCAAACCAUAUUUGAGUUGGCAGUGUCACAGUAAGGUGUGUGGUGAUUUCUCCUUCAUCACUUCCUCCAGUCUCAUCGCUACAGCAGGACACUCCACUGACGGCAGGAAUGUGUGUCUCUGGGACACUCUGAUCUCUCCCAGUAACUCCAUGGUGCACGCAUUCCCCUGUCAUGAGAACGGUGCUACAGUUCUUCAGUACGCCCCCAAACAGCAGCUGAUCAUCUCUGGAGGGAGGAAGGGCUUCGUGUGUGUCUUCGAUAUCCGUCAGAGGCAGCUGGUCCACACCUUCCAGGCCCACGACUCGGCCAUUAAAGCUUUAGCUCUGGACACGAGUGAGGACUUCUUCAUCACCGGCUCCGCUGAGGGAAACAUGAAGGUUUGGAAGUUAGCGGGUCACGGGCUCAUGCACUCGUUCAGCACUGAACACGCCAAGCAGUCCAUCUUCCGUAACAUCGGCGCCGGAGUGAUGCAGAUCGAGACGUGUCCCGGUAAUCGCAUCUUCACGUGCGGGGCUGACGGAACACUGAAGAUGAGGGUUCUCCCUGAUCGCUACCACACCCCGAGCAGCAUCUUCGACAUCCUCUAAUCCGAAAUAACGCCGAGUUCAGACAGCCGACGCAUCCAGCAGCAAGCCGGGUUCUUUCCUAACCUUACUGCGCCGCGAAGUGUCGUCGUUAUCGUUUUUAUUUUUAUUUUAUCCCCCUGAAGCGUGAGAGGUCAAGACCUCACCCAGAAAGAAGCCCCGCCCCUUUCCCUGAGCCACGAGCUCGCUGUUGGUGUUCUCAUAGGAAAGCUAUGCAUGUGCUGAGCUCGUCACUGCGGUGCAUUCGCCAGAGUGUUGAUCGUGCUGUGUAAAGCAAAACGUGUGUGUGUGUGUUCGCACAUCAUUUUCGUGUCCACAGCUGAACAGACCGAGCCUCUUUAACUCCAGCACUGUGCUUCAGCCCCCCCCCCCCCCCCCCCCCCCGUCUGUGAGCCCCCGCUUUAUUUAUUUAUUAUGACUGUAAAUCACACACCUGUCUCACUCUCACCCCAUGCCUGCAGCUUAGACCUGUCUCACUCUAGAUGUGUUUUAGAACAUAUUUAUUUAAUUAUUUCUAUAAAUGUGCAAGUUUAUAGGAGAAAUAACGUUUAUUCUACACAGACUACUGAAAACGGCGAGCGGAAGAGAAACGAGUCGCACUGAAAAAGAUAAACCUGUCUCACUCUCCUUUCAUAACUCCAGUUAAACUUGUCUCACUCUCCUUUCAUAACUCCAGUUAAACUUGUCUCACUCUCGUUUCAUAGGCGCAUUUUAAUCUGUCUUACUGACGUUCCACAUAAACGUCUCACUCUCGUCCCAUCACACAAGAUAAACCUGUCUCACUCUUCUUUUCUGCGUGCAAUUAAAUAUCUGUCUCACUCCCGUUCCAUAACUCGACCUAAAUCCAUUUUUCACUCAAUCUGUCUUACUCUCUCUACACCUGUAAACGUCUUAUUGCCCUGCCCCAUAAUCACAGCUGAAUCUGUCUCACUCUCAUUCCAUAACUCCAAAUAAAAUCUGUCUCACUCAUUCCACAAUUCCAGACUAAAUCUGUCUCGCUCUCUUUCCAUACCUCCAGAGAAAUGUAUUUUUUCUCUUAUGUGCAAUUAAAACUGUCUCACUUUUUUAUUCCAAAAGCAAGGUAAAUCUGUCUCACUCAGUUUCUGUCUUACUCUCUGUUCACCUGUAGUUGAUAUCUCACUCUCUCCUUAUACCUACCGUUAAAUCUGUCUCACUGUCAUUCAGUAACUCCAGUUAAAUGUCUUUGAAGUCCAAAUGAAUCUGUCUCACACUUCUCGCACAUAGCUGUCUCACUUCUAUUCAGUAACUCCAGGUAAAUCUGUCUCACACCCCUUCAGUAACUCUAGAUAAAUCUGUCUCACUCUCAUUCCAUUUGGCUGCCGUUAAAACUGUCUCACUCCAUUCCUAAUGCUGUAGUCAAUUCUGUCUCUAUUCCUAAACCUGUCUCACUCUCUUUAUAUUUGUAGAUGUGUAAACCUGUCUCACUCCCAUCUCCAUACCUACAGUUAAACCUGUCUCACUCUUUAAUUGUCUAAAAGUACUUUUAAACCUCCUGGUUGUAGUACGUACACAUCUCGACCUGUCUCGCUCUCUUUUUAGUUACUCUGACUUGCAGAGCAGCCAUGACAUCUGUCUCACACUCGGACCUGUCUUGCUCUCAUUUCCCGCAGAGGUUUUAUUCAGUAAUGGUUUGAAGCGUUUACUUUGAGCAGAAUCGGUUACAUUACAUUUAUGUUUGCACAGAAGUUUAUUUUUUUUCCUUUAUUAAUUUAUUACCGUGUUUGUGUUUACUGUAUCAUGUGGUUUUGUUUUUAACCGCUGUACUCCUCAUUAACUUACUUCCUGUGCAAUGUGACUGUGAGGUGCGACGUUUCCUGGAUCAGUUGUUUUAUUUAUUAAAUGUUUAACGGUAUGAACGUUUGCACUCGGAUGUGGAGACGCUGUAGAAGUCGUAAAGAUUGGAGAAUGUUUUAUGGAAAAAUGUUCUAUAUCCAGAUGAAUGUUUAGUUUUAAAUGAAUAUAAAUAUAUAAAUAUAAAUAAGUAUAGAUCUGAACUAGCUGGACAUAGCUUGUACAAAGAGUUUUAAUUUGUUUGGUUUGGUUUUUAUCAUGCUGGCUGCAGUAGAUGUAUAUUUGUUUUGGAUGUAUGUGAUGUAUUUAUUAAACUCUUUGUGUUUGUGUACGGUCUGCUGGCCAUCGUCCUCUGUGUGUGUGUGUGUGUGUGUGUGUGUGUGUGUGUGUGUGUGUGUGUGUUGAACCGAUGUUCCUUUUGCUUCUCGUCUCUUGUGUAUUUAUUAAACAGGUCAUGCUGCCUGUGUGAGGAAAUUUCUGGAAGAACACAGCUCGUUCUGUCAUGGUCAGAGUUUUACCUUUGUAAAGCAAGUUGAAUAAAUUCUUUUUAUUUCA